AAAACGAGGCCCUUUCUCUAUAAAAGCCAAACACAACCACAAGCCAUAACCCAAAUUAACCCAAUCUCUUCACUUUCUAUAUAGAUCACUUACCACCAAAACUCAUCAAGCUCCCAAUGGCCGGAAUUCUCCCUAAACUCAUCGUUUUCUUAGCCAUCUUCAUCACUUUCUCGACCAUUGCCAUCGUGGACGGCGAAUCUCACAGCUUCUCUAGGACUCGACCACUAGAAUCUAAGGAGGAGAAGAUGAGCCACCUUCACUUCUACUUUCAUGAUAUUGUUAGUGGACGUAACCCAACUGCCAUUAAGGUUGCUGAAGCAGAAUCUUCAAAGAAAUCACCAACAGAGUUUGGUAUGAUGGUGAUGAUGGAUGAUCCAUUAACAGAGAAGCCAGAGGCUACCUCAAAGCUUGUAGGAAGAGCUCAAGGGAUCUAUGCAUCGGCUUCACAGAGUGAGUUGGGUCUCUUAAUGACCCUUAAUUAUGCUUUCAUGGAAGGGAAGUACAAUGGGAGCACACUGAGUAUACUUGGGAGAAACCCAGUGUGGUCGGAGGUGAGAGAGAUGCCGGUGGUCGGAGGGAGUGGGCUUUUCCGGUUUGCUCGAGGCUAUGCUCAUGCUAAGACCCACUGGUUAGACCCAGCAACAGGGGAUGCUGUGGUGGAGUAUAAUGUUUAUGUCAUCCAUUACUGAUCUUUGAUGCUUUCUCCUUUCAAAUUUGGCUAUUUCAUCUUUGUUUCAGUUAAAAAAGAGAGUUUUUAAGUUUCUGUAUCAUAAAUAAAGAUUUAGCCAAAGCA